UUAAUUUAAUCGACUAACUGUAUUACGGCUGACUACUUAUUUGUUAGUAGUUUGUUUACGGCCGCCGUGCUCGCCGAAAACGGUCACCUUACUAGCUUGAUGGAAUUUUGCUGAUUUAGGGGCCAAUACACCACACUUUCCGAAAAGCUGAACUUAGUUAGCUAUCUGCUUUUUCACUGACAGUCCAACAUGAGCCGCAGACAUGCAGAGACUGUGGAGCAGCUUGACAGACAAUUUGAGAAUGACCUUCGGCACUUGAAGCCGUAUGUCCUUAAAUCCCCUGACAGCAAAGAUCGCAAACGUUGUGACCAGUGGAUUAAGAAGCUGUGUGACCCGACGUCAUCUCAUCACGACAUAAAAACUCUGAAGGUCCGCAACUCGUACAGUCGUUUGCUCCUUCAGAUGCUCAAAAGAGGACGCCUCGAGGCGCCAUUCACCUACAAACCAGAGCCUGGAAACCUCAAGACACUUCCUGCCUAUUUGUCCAUUUACUUUGAGGAGGAACCAAGCGGGAAACUGGACCAGCAGAGCAUAGACUGGUUGACCGAAGAGCUUGGUGACUCUGCUGAUGAUGGACAGGUUGCUGGGUUGCUGCGUUCACGGCCCUCUCCAACUGUAUCUCUCUACAGGCAAAUGCUGCAUCAAGGGACUCCAGCAGAACCUGCAACCUCCAGUCCUCUCAAGCACUCACCAAAACAAGGGGAGGGAACGGGUGCUGGCGGACUGGGGGUUGAUGUGUCUGACAUUGACAGUGACCUGGAGGCACGUGUCAACCGCUGGAAAUUGGAGGUUGAAAAUUCCCAAUAUUUGCCAGAGAACACUGUCUAUUUUUCACCAAUUGACAACUUGGGAAAUGAAGAGUCCACAAUGGAUGAACCUGACUCACAACAACUGCAAAGCAGAAAGAUGGAGCUCAAGAUCAAGGUCCUCAAGGCCAAACAUCAGGAGGAUAUCCUGAAGAUGCAGCAAAUUCACGAUGCAGCCAUUGAAAAUAUACUGGAAAGGAAAAAUGGUGAGAUGGACCAGAUGAAGUGUGUGUAUCGGGCCAAGAUGAAGGAAUUGGAAGAGCAGAAUCAUGAGUUGGAGAUCAGAGCUCAACAAACGAUUCAAGAGUCCCAGGUCAUCCAACAGCGCCAAGGCGCACAGAUUGCUGAGCUGAGGAAGAUGUUGGAUCAGAGCUGCUUGAAAGACGAAUCGGAAAGGAAGCUGAGAAUGGCUCAGGCCAAGUUUGACCAGCACAAAGUGGCGUUGCAGCAGAAGCAGUUGAUGACUGUUGAGGAGUUGAUGAAGGCAACCAACCUCAGAAUGGCCAAAGUGGAAGCCACUUAUGAGGCUCGCCGUCAAUCAGCCGAGCAAGCUGUUCACGACCUGGAGGAGCGACUCAAGCAAAUGUCCAUGGAAACAGACAAAGUCAAUGCUGUGAUGGCAGAGAAAGCUCAGUUGGAGAUCCACGUGGCAUCUUUGGGUGUUGAGCUGCAGGAAUCUAUAAAUAGAAUUAAAGUCUUGCAGAGAGAGAAGGAGAUGCAGAAAGAAACCUAUGAGGAGAUGUUGAAGCGAAGUGAAACCAAACAUAACAAUGAGAUGAGCCACUUGCAUCAAAAGCACACAGUGUCUGCAGCUAAGGAAUCUGAAAGGAGAGAGUUUUUGGAGAAAGCUAUCGCUGAUCUUCAGCAACAGCUGCUGGUCAGUGAGCAUGAAAGAGAGAGAGCAGCCAGGGAUAAAGAUUUAAAAUCGCAACAGGAAAUGGAAGAACUGCGAAUGACCUGUGAAAAAAUGGUCUCGGCAAUUCAAAGUGAGGCUGAGAAAGAGAGAGCGGCAGCAAAGAGAGCGAUCGCAAAGCUAGAAGAUGCACUCAGGGAGAAAGACGGCCAGCUGAACAGAGAGAGGGAGAACCAAAGAAAGCAGAUCCAGCAGGCAGAUCUGACUGUGGAGAAGUUCAAAAUGCGGAUGAUGGCACAAGAAAAAGAAUACUCUCACGAACUUGGGGCCCUCAAAAAGUCACACAAGCAACAGAUGGCUGAGCAGCGCGUGCAAUACGAGCAAGCAAGGACGCGGCAGCAAGAGCAGCACUGCGCGGAAAAGGAUAGCCUGGUCCAGGAGCGCCAGCGGGAGGUGAGCACAUUGGAGAAGGAGGCCAAGGCAACUCUGCUUCAGCACCAAGAGCGCACCCAGGAGUUGCAGAAGCGUGAUGCCCAGACAAUUUUGGACUUGGAAGCUCAGUUAUCAAGUCUCCGUGAAGACUUUGAGGUUGCCAAACUCCAGCAUGAACAGCAGUUGGCAGAGAUGACAGCACGCCAUGAGGAGGAAGCGCAAACAGCCCUUUUGGACAAAGAGGCCGCAAUGGAGCGCCAGCGUUUGGACCUGGAAUACAUUUGCAAUGACCUCCAGAGAAGACACCAGAAUGAAGAGCAAGCUAUUAAGGAGGCGGCCAGCUCUAGUUUGAAGCACAUGGAGCAGGAGUGCAGCCAGAAACUUGCCAAGUCUGCAAAGGUUGUCGCAGAACUACAAAACUCCAUCUGUGAAUCUAAAGAGGAAUCUAUCAGGGUGCAGGAGACAAUGAAGCAGCGACUGGAGGACGCCCACAUCCGCUGGGAUCAGGAGAGAGCAGAAUUAAUCCAGAGGGCUGAUCAGGCUUAUCAGGCUCUGCAGGAAAAAGUGGGAAGUCUUGAGAGGCAGUUGAGUCUCUCAGAGAACAAGCUGCUUAGGAAAGAGCUUGAAACUGAAGAGAAGGUGACAAUGGUGCAUCAAGAAUACGCUGAGAAGAUGGAAGCUUUGAUUCCAGCUGGGGUCCAAAAUGAGUUGGAAAACACGAUCACAGCCCUCAAAUCUCAGGUCGAUCGUCUUCAGCAGAGGAACUCAGUGCUGCAAGAGGAACUCGACGCAAGUCGCCAAUAAGUAGCAUGACCACCGCUGCGCAUGGAGACAUCAGAUGUAACCAUUCCAGUGUCAGUAUUUCCCACUCCUGAAAUGUCAUCGGAGUCAUCACUUUAAGUUCUACGUUUUGUUGUUCAUCAUUCUGUUUAUUUCAUCGGCAUGAUUCACUUGUUGCCUUGUCUUGUUCAGAAACUGUUCUAAUGAAUUGUUCACAGCGAAUGCACUAUAUUUAAUAAAAAGAUGUUCCUUUGUUCAUGUUUGAUGUUUUAGAUUUGUUCAUGUUUUAAGUUUUAGAUUUUAUCAUCCACUAUGAUUAUUAUCGCAAACAUUAGUGGGUCGCUGCCCUUGUGUGGCCACAACA